CAGACUCUUUAAGACCCACCAGGACGUGGUCGCUCCACAAUGCCGGCACUUUCUUGCUGUUGUUAAUUUUCAGCUCACCCGGGUUGUUCCGUGUGGCCAUUACGCACCAAACUCCAGAGAGGAGAGGAGCUCCACAUCUGCUUUCAAUUCCAUGCCGCCAAGUUUUUAAGUAUUUCGAAAUAUCAUUUUCGGAGCCAUGAACGCCUCCUCCUUCCUUGACGCCACGCACGGCGCGCUACUCAACGGAAGCCGGACCCUGGCGGGAACGCUGGCCACCUACACCGGCAACGGCAGCGCGCAGGUGGUGACCGGCGACGGCGGCAGGGGCGGCGGAGGCGUCGGCGCCGGCGGGGGCUCCCUGGUCCUCCUCCAGGAGGAGCGCAAGCUCCUGGUGAUGCGCGUGGUGCAGAUCGCCGUGCUGUGCGUGCUGUCGCUCACGGUGGUCUUCGGGGUCUUCUUCCUGGGGUGCAACCUAAUGAUCAAGUCCGAGAGCAUGAUCAACUUCCUGGUGAAGGAGCGCCGGCCCUCCAAGGACGUGGAGACCGGCAUGAUCGGACUCACCUAGGGGAAACUGAGCCCAGCUCUCGCCUGCAUGAACUUAAUAACAAGUUUCUCCCGUCUCCCACACACGUCAGUUAGUGAGGAUUAGAUAUGCAACACGGUCACGUCCGCUUCCAAUUGACUCCAAAAGUAUGCGGGAGCAACCUUUUGUGCGCCGGUGGUGGAAGUGAGUUUAAACGUUGCCAACGCCAACAAAAACUGACCAAGAUGUUUACAAGCUGUUACCUCAUGUUCGUUUCGCGUUUGUACUUUGAGGUAAUUGUAUUUUAAUAAAUGUAAAAGGCAUGAUUGGCAGGUUUUUUCCCCCCCACUUUGUUCUUUCUUCAGUUGGGUGUAAUGGAUGUGCGCGUAAAAAAAAAAUUUUUUCACAAUAUAGAAGGGGGAAAUGUGGCAAAUGUUGCGUGUUUUGAAGUACACACUCGUUUUUGACAGCUUUAUGGAGUGAUGCUGCUGUUACCGAUGUUUGGCAUGCUCGCUGCUUGGUGUGUAAAAAGUCAUUCUGGGUCUGUUUUGCACUUUAUCGGAAACAAUUUAAAUGCUGCACGAAGUUGGUUUUUUUGUACCAAAGGAGACCGCAAAUAUAUUUAAAAAAAAAACCCACAUUGAAUUCUGUCUAAUUAAUAACUGUGAUUAAGGGGAUGGAAAUCAUUAAACGCACUUGAUUUUGUCUUGUAAGGUGCAUCAUUUGGCACAAAAAAAAAAUGCUGCCACGUUACCAUUUACAUUGUUUUCAAAGGGAAUGGAAAAGAUGCAAAUUGCCACAUUAAUUCUGUAUUCUGCCAGAAAA